AUGACGUGGCGGAAAACAAAAGCUGCAGCCCAGCAGUUCCAUGAACUCCCAUCCGAGAUCCGACUCACGGGUCGACAGCAGAUCGGGGUGCGAGUGAGGCGCAUGGCGAAUGCGACGGAAGAGUGUGAGGUGAAAAUCUGCGAGGUGGGUGGAGAGGGCCUUUUUCUGCCGCUCUUCGGAGAUGCGGAACAGGUCUGGCCUUCGGGUCUUCGAGGCUUCCUCUACCUCAUCGGCCUCUUAUGGACUUUUAUUGGCGUAGCCAUCGUCGCAGACGUUUUCAUGAGCUCCAUUGAGACCAUCACAUCGAAAAAGAAGCGUGUAGUCGAUCCUAAAACGGGACGUAACUACACCAGCAAGGCCGCGCGAACGCCGUCUCCAACCUCACGUUGA